UGUCCUUUACCUGCCUCUUCGGGCAGCCCGUAAUUCCAUUUCUUCAGUUUCUAAUCACUGCCCAAACUGCCCGAUUCUUAGCUGAGAAAUUACGAGCAAGUACCUGUGUCUCCUUCUCUCUUUCUCUCUCACCUCUGAUAUUUCUAUAUUUCGAAGCUGAGUUUUUCCACGAUCAAGAUCCAACGGUCCAAAAUGUACGAGCCUUCUUCUCCUAUUUUUCAGAGGUUUUAGUUCUUCAAACUCUCAGAUCUCGCUUCUCACUCUCUAGAUCUUCCUUCCUGGAUAAGAUUGAUUUUUCUGGUUUGAGAAGAGACUUUGUUUAUUUGUGUUACGAAAUGGAGACUGAACAAUCGUUGAUGAUGGUCACGCUCCGUUAUGGCGCGUUGACGACGUACGUUACGGAAGCGCUUGUAACUUUGUUAGCUUCUGCUAUCGUCAAAGCCACACUUUUGGCUCCAGAACUCUAUGCGCUAAUGUUAACCAACAUGCCUGCAACCAAAGGAGAGAGUAAAACCCAAACUCAAGACAAGCAACUUGAUGCUGAAGGAGAGGAUGGCAACGAAGAUGAAGACGAAGAUGAUGAUGAUGGGGAUGGUGCAUUUGGAGAAGGGGAAGAUGAAUUGUCAUCUGAAGAUGGAGGUGGAUAUGGAAACAAUUCCAACAAUAAGAGCAACCCAAAGAAGGCUCCUGAAGGUGGCGCUGCUGGGGCAGAUGAAAAUGGAGAAGAGGAAGAUGAUGAAGAGGGUGAUGACCAAGACGAGGACGACGAUGAGGAUGACGACGAUGAGGAAGAGGGUGGAGAAGAAGACGAGGAGGAAGCUGUUGAUGAAGAAGAGAAUGAAGAAGACGAAGAGGAUGAAGAUGAGGAAGCUUUGCAGCCACCAAAAAAAAGGAAGAAGUGAAUUUAGCUUAGUCAAGCCUCUGUAUUGUUGUGUUCGGAUUUGGCUUCUAACUUCCGUGUUGUUUUUUUUUCAGUACUAAACUUCUAUGUUGUUAUUCACUUUAUAAGGAGGCCUAUGUAGGACUUGUUUUAAUUCA